AGUUUACAACGGAAAGCACAAAGCAACGGUCGUGAGAAUUGAGCAAAGCUCCAUAAAUAAAAAAAAUUAAAACAAAUAAAAUAAACGCAAAUUUUCGUGACAGAAUUUUUGGAAUUUGUGAGUGUGGUGCAAAGUGCCUACAAGAAAUUCCAACAAGUUUAUCUUUCAAAGAGAAUCUGGUAUCUGUCAAAGCCAAAAGAUAGAAAAAAGCAAAAAGCCGCGCGAUUGUGUCCUUUGUGUCUGUGUGAAAAAAAUUCCGCCCUUAAAGAGCCCUAUUGAAGUAAGCGAACUGAAAGUUUGAGAAAAAGUGACGUUGAAGUAAAAGGGGCAGUUAACUCCCAACGUUGAUGGCUGCCACUAAAAUAAUUGAUGCACCACGCAACGGCCACGAGAUGGCGCCACUGAACACGAGAGCCAGGGGCGAUGGCACCCAUGGGGUGACCAUUGUGUUAACCGCACCUCAACGUAACUCAGUGCAAUCGGUGGACAUCCCAGGCGAACCGGAUCGUGCCGCCUGGAGUGGCAAGAUGCAGUUCUUCCUCAGUAUUAUCGGCUAUUCCGUGGGACUGGGCAACAUCUGGCGCUUUCCCUACCUAUGCCAACAGAAUGGUGGCGGUGCAUUUCUGAUACCCUUUAUGAUAAUGUUGAUACUGGAAGGCAUACCGCUGUUCCUCAUCGAGCUGGGCAUGGGUCAGCGUAUGCGCUUGGGUGCCUUGGGUGUGUGGAACACCAUUCAUCCGUGGUUGGGUGGCAUCGGCAUCUCCUCGUGCAUUGUGACACUCUUUGUGGCGCUCUACUACAAUGUGAUCAUCACGUGGGUCUUCUACUAUCUGUUCAACAGUUUUCGAUAUCCGUUGCCGUGGUCAACUUGUCCGACAAACAGCAGUGGCUUUGAGCUAGAGGAAUGCGCCAAGUCGUCGGAGACAACAUAUUUCUGGUAUCGAACCACAUUGGAUGCGGCCCCAUCGAUGGAUGAACCCGGUGGCCUUAAGUGGUGGAUUGUCUUGUGCCUUCUGCUGUCCUGGACCAUUGUCUUCUUCAUUGUGAUGAAGGGCAUCCAGAGUUCCGGCAAGGUGGUCUACUUCACCUCCCUCUUCCCCUACAUUGUGCUCACCAUCUUCUUCAUAAGAGGAAUCACGCUGCGCGGCGCUGGGGACGGAUUGAUGCACAUGUAUACGCCCAAGCUGGGUAAGCUACUGGAGCCGACCGUCUGGCUGGAUGCGGCCACACAGGUCUUCUAUUCGUUUGGCCUGGCCUUUGGGUCGCUGAUUGCCUUCGGCAGCUACAAUACGCCGAAAAACAAUUGCGUCCGGGACGUGCUGCUGGUUUCAGUAUGCAAUGCGGUCACCGCCAUCUAUGCGAGUGUCGUCAUCUUUGCUAUACUCGGAUUCAAGGCCACAGUCAACGUGGAUCGCUGUAAUGCCGGAAAUUCGGAAAUGCUGGUGAAGUAUGAUAUGCUGCCCUACACGAAUGCCACAGUUGAGGAGUUCAAUGUGGCUAUGGCCAAGUACAAUGCAACCGAGCCCAAACCAUUUGUGCUCAGUGUAUGCGACAUUAAAAAGGAACUGGACAAUGCUGCUGAGGGCACUGGCUUGGCGUUCAUUGUCUUCACCCAGGCCAUCGUCGAGCUGCCCGGUGCACCAUUCUGGGCUGUGCUGUUCUUCACCAUGUUGUUGUCGCUGGGAUUGGGAUCGCAGAUCGGCAUCCUUGAGGGCAUGCUGUGCACGUUAUUCGACAUAGACAUCAUAAAGCGGGUUAAGAAACAACAUGUCACUGGCGUGGUAUGUCUAUUCUGCUUUAUUGUCGGUUUCAUCUUCUGCACAGGUGCCGGCGAGUAUUGGCUCAAGAUGUUUGACUCUUUUGCCGGCACAAUCGGUUUGGUUGUUGUCGCACUAAUGGAAAUGAUAGCCGUCAUCUUUAUUUACGGACACGAGCGCUUCACUGAGGAUAUCUAUCAGAUGACGGGCUAUAGACCGGGUCUAUACUGGCAGCUAACUUGGCGCUACAUUGGCCCUGUUAUCAUGGUCUGCAUAUUGAUCUCCUCUGUGGUCUUCAUGGUCAUUCGCAAUCCCACAUAUGGAGCCUGGAAUGCCGAACUGGGUGCUAUUGAGCAAAAGAAUUACCCCAAUUGGGUGAUGGGCAUUGCCUUGGCCAUGAUAAUGGCGGGAGUGCUGCCCAUGCCCAUUGUGUUCCUCAUGCGCAGCUUCCAGUGCCUGAAAGUGGAUCUGGAUAUUCACCAGGGUUCGAUACGUCGCAAUGAGACAACCGCCUCUACCAAGGAAAUGAUUGACAACGAUGAUGAUGACGAUGAGGAGGACGAUGAGAAUGAUUUCAGUGGGCCAGCGUUGGGUGGUCAUGUGAAGACCCAGAGCGACUUUUCCGAGGACGAUGAGGAGGAUAAGCCUAUGACCAUGCGCUUAAUGAUGAUGCGUCCAACAACAGCAGCAACAACAACAACAACAAACAACAAAACAAACCCAACCACGCCUCUCAACAAAACGGGCAGCAAUCAUCUAAAUGUGCCAACAAGCAGAAAGCAGAACUUCAAAAAGGACGCAUACGAUGUGUAGAUAGUGUGUUGCAAGAAGAUUGCGAGGUGGCAAGGACUUAUUGCGUCUCCCAAGAGCUACAACUUUCGCCUGGUCUGUCGUGCUCUCUCCGUGCAAUACGGCGAUGCAAAGACCUUGACUCCAG